AUGUCAGCCGCCAGCACCGAGACGAGCGCCCCGUUGCCCGCGGCCACCAGCCGGGUGUUCUUCCAGCCGCCGGCUGGAGUUGGGUGCGCUGGGACCGGCCCCAUGCCGCGGGACGACCCGGUCCAGAGGAAGCAGGGGAAAGUGACGGUGAAAUACGACAGGAAGGAGCUGCGGAAAAGAUUGAUACUGGAGGAGUGGAUCAUCGAACAACUCAGCGAUCUGUACGACUGUGAGGUGAGGAGGAGGGGAGGUAAACCAAAACGCAGACAAUAGUGGGUCGGAAUCGGAUGCGCUUUUAUCAUAGCGAGGCUUAUAAAUGAUGUGCAAUCGAUACGGUCUGACCCUGAAGAUCUCCCACUCACAACGGACUUUCAAUGGGCGCUUUGGGUCGUUUGUUCUAGGAGGAUUCCAGGGGAAUCAUUAAUUGCCAAGAAAAUCCGUGAUUAAAAUGUUGUCUUUAGAGUUUGCAGUGUGUUUUAGUAUCUUUGCAGUGGUGGUGCGUAAUGCCCGGGGAAGGGGACGUGGAGGGGGUUUGGUUACCCGUGUAACUCCCCGUGUAACUCCCCGGGUCACGCCGGUCUAUGGUCCCCUCUCUCCCCGGCUGCAUUGUCUCUCCCCUGGGCAGGCAGCGUUACAGUGAGGGUGGGACAGAACAGAUGAACCACUGGGCAGAAAGUGGUUGAAUCAACGUUGUUUCCACGUUAUUUAAACCAUAUAUAUAUAUAUAUAUAUGUGUGUGUGAUGCCGUUAAUCAACGUGGGAAACAGAUUGGAUUGGCAAAAAGCCAUCAAUGUGAGGGCAUUACAUAUUUUUCCCACCCAACUUGUAACCUAAAUCCAAUGACAUUGUGACAUUUGUUGAGUUCACGUUGAAUUCACGUUAGUUGACAACUCAACCAAAUGUAGUCGUUGAACUGAAGUCUUCCCAGUGGGGAAUUACUGUUUUGAAGUCGUAAAACGCAUCGCACAGCUGCGCUUAAAACGUUAGACUCCUUUUGUAGCCCAGUACAAUCUUCUUUAACUGCUGAGAAUGCGUUUACAGUCCGCUAUUGAGGGGUGAUUUGUCAAUAGGCCUACAGAUAGACAAACAUUGUCCCCCCCGGAAAGGCAUUAAAUAAUCAGCUCCCGUUACCAGAAUACGCAUAACAUCUGUUUCAUUAAUUCAUAAUGUCAGCCAGAAUAGCUUGUGUUUUCUAUUGAUUCAAAAUAAAUGCUUGAAGGAAGGGGAAACUGCUAGUCUAGAUAAUGAUUGGUUCUCUGGUAUGAGAGUCCAUUCAUGUUACUUUCUGCCUGUGAUGUGGUGAUUCGGAACAUUCUUAACCCUUCUGGUCCCAGGCGAGUCUGGCUCUAUCCCUGGUAGACUGUAUUGACCGAGACAUUGGAAUGCGUUCUCACGCGCUCCGUGAUGGUCGGUACAUUCUUUAACAUUUUGAAGAGCUGAGAGAAUCUCAACAGUGUGUGUUCUCUCCAUAUCAUGAAGGAUGCUGCCAGAGGUGGAAACGGGGGAAUAGAGGGGGAGAGGAAAGCAGGGCAGUGGGUUAAACAAUGACAUGAGGAAAGCAGGGCAUUGGGUUAAACAAUGACAUGAAAGAGAAGCAGGGCAGUGGGUUAAACAAUGACAUGAGGGAAGCAGGGCAGUGGGUUAAACAAUUACAUGAGGGAAGCAGGGCAGUGGGUUAAACAAUGACAUGACAGGGAAGCAGGGCAGUGGGUUAAACAAUGACAUGAGGGAAGCAGGGCAGUGGGUUAAACAAUGACAUGAGGGAAGCAGGGCAGUGGGUUAAACAAUGACAUGACAGGGAAGCAGGGCAGUGGGUUAAACAAUGACAUGACAGGGAAGCAGGGCAGUGGGUUAAACAAUGACAUGAGGGAAGCAGGGCAGUGGGUUAAACAAUGACAUGACAGGGAAGCAGGGCAGUGGGUUAAACAAUGACAUGAGGGAAGCAGGGCAGUGGGUUAAACAAUGACAUGAGGGAAGCAGGGCAGUGGGUUAAACAAUGACAUGACAGGGAAGCAGGGCAGUGGGUUAAACAAUGACAUGACAGGGAAGCAGGGCAGUGGGUUAAACAAUGACAUGAGGGAAGCAGGGCAGUGGGUUAAACAAUGACAUGACAGGGAAGCAGGGCAGUGGGUUAAACAAUGACAUGACAGGGAAGCAGGGCAGUGGGUUAAACAAUGACAUGAGGGAAGCAGGGCAGUGGGUUAAACAAUGACAUGACAGGGAAGCAGGGCAGUGGGUUAAACAAUGACAUGAGGGAAGCAGGGCAGUGGGUUAAACAAUGACAUGACAGGGAAGCAGGGCAGUGGGUUAAACAAUGACAUGACAGGGAAGCAGGGCAGUGGGUUAAACAAUGACAUGACAGGGAAGCAGGGCAGUGGGUUAAACAAUUACAUGAGGGAAGCAGGGUAGUACUAUGCUCCAGGGGUACAGUGAGGGGAAAAAAGUAUUUGAUCCCCUGCUGAUUUUGUACGUUUGCCCUCUGACAAACACAUGAUCAGUCUAUAAUUUUAAUGGUAGGUUUAUUUGAACAGUGAGAGACAGAAUAACAACAAAAAAAUCCAGAAAAACGCAUGUCAAAAAUGUUAUAAAUUGAUUUGCAUUUUAAUGAGGGAAAUAAGUAUUUAACCCCCUCUCAAUCAGAAAGAUUUCUGGCUCCCAGGUGUCUUUUAUGCAGGUAACGAGCUGAGAUUAGGAGCACACUCUUAAAGGGAGUGCUCCUAAUCUCAGUUUGUUACCUGUAUAAAAGACACCUGUCCACAGAAGCAAUCAAUCAAUCAUAUUCCAAACUCUCCACCAUGGCCAAGACACGGGAGGAUCUUGUCAAUGAUCUCAAGGCAGCUGGGACCAUAGUCACCAAGAAAACAAUUGUUAACACACUACGCCAAGGGUUUUGCCACCAAGUACUAAGUCAUGUUUUGCAGAGGGGUCAAAUACUUAUUUCCCUCAUUAAAAUGCAAAUCAAUUUAUAACAUUUUUGACAUGCAUUUUUCUGGAUUUUUUUGUUGUUAUUCUGUCUCUCACUGUUCAAAUAAACCUACCAUUAAAAUUAUAGACUGAUCAUGUCUUUGUCAGUGGGCAAACGUACAAAAUCAGCAGGGGAUCAAAUUAUUUUUUCCCUCACUGUACAUACCCUAUGCAGACUGAUAAGAACUGAAUUAGCUAUAUCCCAAUGCAUUCUUCUCUCACUCAUCUCUGGUGACAAUGUAACGAACGCGUUCUGUAUUCAAACGUCCCCCCCUGAUACCUGCAUGAUGAAGACUGAACGUUUCUAAACUGACAGGUUAUAAUGGCCUGUAGCCAUGCCGGUCCCUCCUGGCUUAGCUGGUUAAUGAUAAUAAUAAUAAUAAUAUGCCAUUUAGCAGACGCUUUUAUCCAAAGCGACUUACAGUCAUGCGUGCAUACAUUUUUGUGUAUGGGUGGUCCCGGGGAUCGAACCCACUACCUUGGCGUUACAAGCGCCGUGCUCUACCAGCUGAGCUACAGAGGACCACCUGGUUAACCCUGGUCUUCUGUUGCAGCCUGCAUGGUGUCGUCCUAUAUGCCAAAUACUGGACCUGUUAAAGAGCGACUGCCCCUAAACUAGUAACUUUUUCUUUUGAAAAGGCCUACGUGUGGCAUCGAUGUGAGUCAAAUGUUUAUUCUAGUGUCAAAAUUGACUGAAGUGUCAGUAUCAGUCUCAUCCAAAACCUGAGAUUUGCAAGAUGAUGGGAAGAAAUUGCAUGUCGUGGAAUGAAAGGUACUGUAACAGUUUUCCUUGUGUUGGGUUUAUUUGAAUCCUGCCCACAGCUGACAGCACCCAAGUAAUCAUCAAUUCGAAGUGCAGCUGCACAUUCCCCAAGGUCAAGUUGGUUUGACAUUUGAUAUCCCUGUGGGGCUAGUUAGGGACCAUCAGUUAAUUACACAAUGUACAUGGGACAAUAUUUUUAAAGUGUAAAUAGCUCCACAUUUCAGUGACUUAACAACCAAAAAUCAACUUUAAAUUGUAGAAAUUCAUGUAUAAAUAUUAAAAGCAUUUAAUGAGACAACUAAAAGAUGUGCAACAUGAAAAUAUUGUCUCAUUUACAUUGUGUAAUUUAUUGCCGGUCCCUAACUAUCCCCAGAGAUAGGCUAUCCGUUGCCAUGGUCGCACACCAGCCGGCUGAAGUUAAUUGGCGAAAGAAGUUGGCUAGUACUAACUAGCCUAGGAGACUUCAAGAUACAAGACCUGGUUAGACUGGUUCAAGUCUAGAAGGUUCUAGAAGGGACUAACUGUGGGGUUUUUUUAUGUACAAAUGCUUGUGUUGCUGAAUCGGCAAGGCUUUAAGGUCCGUCUCGGUAUCGGUUUCAUAUGAAAACCUGAUACUAGUGUACAGAACAGAGCAGUGUGUGUUUUAAUAGAGUAGAGAAUGGGUCACUUCACUUCAGAGAAAUGUAUUUCUGUUUCCUGUUACUCAGUUACGGUGAUAGACAGACCAGGGUGUGCAUGCGUGUGCCAGACAGUUAAUUAAACCCCAAUCACAACGUAACCAUCUAUUCGUCUGUCGUCAUGGGAAUUAAGAAUAUCGUAACCAGUUUAUAUGAUAAUGAAAAAUUAUCUGAACUUUUCACUCCAGAGCAGAAUACUCUCUAGUGUACUAAGAGGCAAGAUGAUUAUAACGACCAAACAAACACAAAUGAACAGAGUGCCAUUUGUCAAUCAUAAUCCUCUUGUUGCCCUCUCUCUGUCCACUUUGUCACCUUCCUGUUCCUAUCUCUCUCUACUUCUCCUCCCUCCAUCUUUGUACGACUCUUUAGCUUCUUCAUCUUUAUGUCCUUUCUUACUCCAUCUCUCUUUUCCUUUCUCGUUCCUUCCUGUCUCUCCUCUUCCCUCUCUGUGGGCAUAGUAUUACAUAAUCAGAGAUUCUCUCCCGUCUCCUGUGGGACUCUGCUCUUUUCAGGACACACAGAGGGGAAGAGAAAGAGAAACUGAAUGAGAGAGAGGAGAGAAAUUCUCCCCAACAUUACUCCUCUCUAGCUCAGUGAUCUGUCUGUCUGUGUGGAGCUCAGACCCUGCUGUCUGUGGGCUCUGUGUGGAGCUGUCUGUGGGCUCUGUGUGGAGCUCAGACCCUGCUGUCUGUGGGCUCUGUGUGGAGCUGUCUGUGGGCUCUGUGUGGAGCUGUCUGUGGUCUGUGUGUGUUAAGUAG